AAACAGUUUUCCAACUUUCCAACUCUCCCAGAUACAUAUCAUCGCCCCUUAAAACCCUCCAAAUCCUCUCUCUCUCUCUCUCUAAACAUUUUCCAUCCAACCACCAUCAUGUCCCUGUUAAACACCCACUUCUUCUCCUCCUUCCUCAGAGUCUUUCCAUGGACCUUUCUCCUCCUUGUCUCUCUUCCCCUCUCUCUCUCCUCCACCAACAUCCACGACCUCCUUAUCUCCCAGGGUCUGCCACCUGGCCUCCUCCCAAAGGAGGUCAAGUCCUACACUCUCUCAGACAAUGGGGAGCUCCAGGUCUUCCUUGAUGCCCCAUGCCUCACAAAAUAUGAGAACAGGGUUUUCUUUGAGAGCGUGGUGAGGGCAAAUCUCAGCUAUGGCAGCCUCAUUGGGGUUCAGGGUUUGUCUCAGGAGGAGCUCUUUCUGUGGCUGCCGGUCAAAGACAUCAUUGUUGAUGAUCCAAGAUCAGGUCUCAUCCUCUUUGACAUUGGGGUUGCUCACAAACAGUUUUCCCUCUCACUCUUUGAGGAUCCCCCUGACUGUAAACCCUCAGGUGUGUUGAAGAAUCAUGUGAGGAAGGAGAAAGGCUUUUGGGGUCUGAGAUAGGGAGAGGAGAUGCCAACUUGUUUCCCAACUUUGUCCUCUUCUUUUUCUUUAGAAUAUUAAUGCAAGUUUAAAUAUUUUAAUUAGCACUAAGUAGGAGCAGGUUGGCUUGAGAUUGUUAGAGGGUUUUGAGCAGGAAAAAUGGAGGAGUUUGUAAAAAGGUGUCAGAUGUGAACUCCUGGAAUCAGAUUAGCGGUUCUAAUUAAUCUUCUAACUUUUUUUGUUAAUUCCAUAUCUACUGUCACUUAAUCUUGUUUAAGCAAAGCAAAGGAUCAAAUUUCUUUA